AUGAUACGCAAACUACCAAAAGCAAAUCAAACUUUGCUCAGACUGCUGAUAUUCCUUCUCAGUCACAUUCGUGAUCACGAGGCAUCCAAUCGCAUGUCCACGGAAGCAUUGGGCAUUGUUUGGGGUGCAAAUUUGAUCCAACGUCCCGGAACUGCGCCGAGCCCGACCGAUUCGAAACUAGCCUGUCGGAUUGUGGAAUGUCUGCUGGAUCCACAGAUGAUUACCAAUGUGCUUUUAGAAUCCCCUGCCGUGGUGAAUGAACUGCGUCGUCUGUUUGAGACGAAAUGGGACAGUUUAAUCAACACAAAUGUAACCAGUGAUGAAGUUUCUUUAACUCGCAGUCCACCAUGCAUACAACAACCACUACAAGACUCGUACAGCACGAAUUCGGAUCUCGGCCGUAAGUUCGUUGUAUACCUGAAGAACAGAUCAUCUGAUUAA